AUGGCGUGUGUACGAGAAGCAUCUUCUUGCGAAAGCCAAAAGCGGAAUGCACAAGAGCAGAAGAAGGGCUCUUGCAGCGUCACUGCUUCUGUCUCCCUGGCUGCUUGCACCCUCUCGCUUCCAAGCUACUUGGUCAUGGACUCCAGCUGCUUCUGCGUGACGUCCGCUCAACUUCUUCGGCUGCAAUCUUUUGCUUUCAGCGGUACCAGAGAAGUCUUGCGAGGCAGUCGGUUUGCUGUCUUUGAGAUGAUAACGGAUACCGAUGAACGGGAUGACGAGACAGCCGCAGGGAAUUGCCCUCAUGCGUAA